CUCCUCCUCCUCCUCCUCCCCCUUAGCAGCCCGGAGAGGUGGGUUUGUCUCGGCUUUAUAACCGCGGGUGGAGGGGAAGGAGCGGCGGGCGGAGGCGGGCGCAGCCCGGCCAUUGUGUGCCGCGGCGGAGAGCGGCCGAGCCGUGCGGGAGUGAUUUGGGGAAGAGGGUGAGGAGGGAGCCGGCGGGACCGUCCUGGGCACAGGCAGGUGGAGGAUGAACGGCGAAGCUGAGUGCCCUGCAGACCUGGAAAUGACAGCUCCCAAAAACCAAGACCGCUGGUCGCAGGAGGACAUGCUGACCCUCCUGGAGUGCAUGAAGAAUAACCUGCCCUCCAACGACGGGAGCAAGUUCAAAACCACCGAGUCCCACCUGGACUGGGAAAAAGUGGCUUUCAAGGACUUCUCAGGGGAGAUGUGCAAGAUGAAGUGGAUGGAGAUCUCUAAUGAGGUGAGGAAAUUCCGGACCCUCACAGAGCUCAUUAUGGACGCUGAAGAGCAUGUCAAGAAUCCUUACAAAGGCAAAAAGCUCAAGAAACACCCCGACUUCCCCAAGAAGCCCCUGACUCCCUAUUUCCGCUUCUUCAUGGAGAAGCGAGCCAAGUACGCCAAGCUUCACCCCGAAAUGAGCAACCUGGAUCUCACCAAGAUCCUGUCCAAAAAAUACAAGGAGCUUCCCGAGAAGAAAAAGAUGAAAUACAUCCAGGACUUCCAGCGAGAGAAGCAGGAGUUUGAGAGGAACUUGGCGAGGUUCAGGGAAGACCACCCGGAUCUCAUCCAGAACGCCAAGAAAUCCGACGUCCCCGAAAAGCCCAAGACCCCCCAGCAGCUGUGGUACAACCACGAGAAGAAGAUCUACUUGAAAGUGCGUCCAGAUGUGAGUACGGAGAUCAUGCGGGAUUACAUCCAGAAGCACCCGGAGCUGAACAUCAGCGAGGAGGGAAUCACCCGCUCCACCCUCACCAAGGCCGAGCGGCAGCUCAAGGACAAGUUCGACGGACGACCCACGAAGCCUCCCCCGAAUAGCUACUCCCUGUACUGUGCAGAGCUGAUGGCCAACAUGAAAGACGUGCCCAGCACGGAGCGGAUGGUGCUGUGCAGCCAGCAGUGGAAGCUGCUCUCCCAGAAGGAAAAGGACGCCUACCACAAAAAGUGUGACCAGAAAAAGAAAGAUUACGAAAUCGAGCUGCUCCGCUUCCUGGAGAGCCUGCCCGAGGAGGAGCAGCAGCGGGUGCUGGGCGAGGAGAAGAUGCUGGGCAGCAACCGGAAAGGGGCCACGAGUCCUGCAUCCAAAAAAUCCUCACCAGAGACCGGCAAGGCCAGCUCAGAGAAGCCCAAGCGGCCCAUCUCAGCCAUGUUCAUCUUCUCGGAGGAGAAGCGGAAGCAGCUGCAGGAGGAGCGGCCGGAGCUGUCGGAGAGCGAGCUGACCCGGCUCCUGGCCCGCAUGUGGAACGACCUCUCCGAGAAGAAGAAGGCCAAGUACAAGGCGCGGGAGGCGGCGAUGAAGGCGCAGUCGGAGAAGAAGCACGGCUCGGAUAAGGAGGAGCGCGGGAAGCUGCCCGAGUCUCCCAAAACUGCUGAGGAGAUCUGGCAACAGAGCGUCAUCGGGGACUACCUGGCUCGUUUCAAGAAUGACCGGGGCAAAGCGCUGAAGGCCAUGGAGGCCACUUGGAACAACAUGGAGAAGAAAGAGAAGCUGAUGUGGAUCAAGAAGGCAGCAGAGGAUCAGAAGCGAUACGAGAGGGAGCUGAGUGAGAUGCGGGCCCCUCCGUGCUCCACCAACUCCACGAAGAAAAUGAAAUUCCAGGGAGAGCCGAAGAAACCCCCAAUGAACGGUUACCAGAAGUUCUCCCAGGAGCUCCUGUCCAACGGGGAGCUGAACCACCUCCCGCUGAAGGAGCGCAUGGUGGAGAUCGGCAGCCGCUGGCAGCGCAUCUCCCAGGGCCAGAAGGACCACUACAAAAAACUGGCGGAGGAGCAGCAGAAACAGUACAAGGUGCACCUCGACAUCUGGCUCAAGAGCCUCUCGCCCCAGGAGCGGGCUGCGUACAAGGAACACAUUUCCAACAAACGCAAGAGCAUAGGGAAGAUCCGGGGUCCCAACCCCAAGAUGAAGCCAACGAUGCAGUCCAAGUCGGAGUCAGAGGACGAUGACGAGGAGGAAGAGGAGGAGGAGGAUGAGGAUGAAGAUGAGGACGACGAUGACGACAACGGUGACUCGUCAGAGGAAGGCGGCGACUCCUCGGAGUCCAGCAGCGAGGAGGAGAGCGAGGACGGGGACGAGUGUGAAUGCCGAGUAAGUCACCGGAGUCAAAGCUUUACACCGGUGCCACUGAAAUCAGACUAUGCUGGAUGGCGCUGGGGGCAGAAACCGUGUCCGUGCCUUGUGCUCGCCACCGCACAGAACGACGAGGAUGAUGAGGAUGAGGACGAUGAGGAUGAGGAUGACAACGACUCAGAGGGCAGCAGCAGUUCCUCCUCUUCCUCGGGGGACUCCUCCGACUCCGACUCCAACUGAUCGGCCAAGCUCUUUGUAACGUCGUCGUUUGGUUUCUCGGUUUCGGUCCCAAAUCCCCCCUGCAGCCCCUCAAAAUCCUUCCUCCUCUUCCUCCUGCCCCCCCGUGGGACCCCCAGCGUGGGGAGCGGGGGCCGGGGGGACCCCUCCGCCGAGCUCACACUACGGAGGGGGAUCAGGGGCUGCUUCCCCCAGGCUGGGGGGCGAGGAGAGAGCCCCCCACCCCUGCCCCCCGCUUUACUCCCGAGGGGAAGCGAUUUUUUUUUUGGAAUUUCAUUCUUUCCAGGGGGGUGUCUCUCCAUCCCUACCCCCGUAACCCCCUCGCUACCAGCUCUGGACUUUCUAGAAAGAGAAGAAAAACAGACAGGAAAAAAAAAACAACAAACAAACAAACCAACAACACCCCCCCCCACCUUUUUUUUUAUUAAAAAACCCCAGAAAUGGGAAGAAAAUCCCCAGCGGCGCAGCCCCUCCGGCAGCGGGCGCGGAGCACGAGCCGAGGGGCUCAGGACUCAGCCGAAGGGACAAUGCCUCCUCGCUGCCCCCCCUGCCCUCUGCGCACCCCCCCAGCAUCCCGGGGGGGUCCUCCCCGCCCCCCAAAAAAACCUUGUACAGUCUGGAAGCUGCCCCGGGAGCCGCCCGGGAACUCCGCAUCCACCACGGCACUUGGGAGCGCCGGCCAGGGACGGUGACCCGCGUGUCCCCGGGGGGGUGGCAGGGGUGUGGGUGUGCGUGCGAGCGUGUGAGUGUGUGUGGGGGGGGGACACCGAGCGUGUGCGGGGGGGCACCGGGGCCGGCGGCUCAGCGUGACCAAGGGGGGGGGCGCGGGGUCCCCCCCCGCUCUGUUGUCGGUGGUUGUCGUGCCGUUGUAUUUUAUUUUAUUUUUUUUUUCGUUGUUUUUUUUUUUUUUUUUUCUUUUUAUAAAACAAGAAAGAUCCAUCUUUUAUUUUUCAUUUUCCCCCCUCCCCUUUUUCCUUGCCCUCCUUCCCCCACCUCCAUACUUUCCCCUCUUGUCUCUGAUGAAGCUGCUCCUCUCCCUUCCUUCCAAAUCCUGGGGGGGGACCAGAGCUCCCCUUGCCCCAGUUCCCCCCAGUUCCCCCCAGUUCCCCCCAGUCCACGUCCCCCCCGGGGGGGCUCACACCCCCCUCGGGUCAUGCUGUAAAUUUUGCUGUGGUUUGGGUUUAUUUUGGGGGGGUCAAUGCCCCCUUCCCGGGAGGGGAUGGGGCCGCGGGGACCGGGGUGGGUGCACGGGGGGGGCCUGGCAGGGUCCCCCCCCUUUUUUUUUUUAAAGCAGACACGAGCACCAGCAAUCCCACGGCACCUCCCUGCAGGGUUCUGUCCCCACCCCGUGCCACCCCCCAAAAACCCACCCGGUGUCACUGGGGACCCCUCUCAGACCCCCCACUCUAACUGGGGGGGGGGGGGCUCGAGAUUUGUUCCUUCUGCCCCCCCCUCCAUCCUGUCCCUGGAGAGGAGCUGGGCUGGGGGACAGGAUUUGGGGAGCCCCAGAGAAGGGGAUGGGGGGGCCUGGGGGGGUUUCUCUCUGGGGCUGGAAUUUUUAGCCAUUUUUCCCUUCACCCAGAUCUCCGCAGGGCUGGGGGGGCAGCGGGGGGGGGGGCGUGCUGCAGAUUUCGGCUUCUGGGGUGUCCCUAACUCUGUAAGCCCCCCCAGAUUUGCUGCUCUCAGCACCCCAAACCCCCCGCAGUGACAUUGGGGACCCCCUCAGUGCCGAGGGGAAGGGGGGGGCAGCACCCCCCUGUCCUUGCACCGUUUUGGGGGAAGGGGGUGAAGCCGGGUGCUCCCGCACGGACAAUCCCCCCGUGUCCCCCCGGGACCGGGGCCCCGAAGAGACCCCAGAUGGUGUCCCCCUUUCCCCCCCAGUGUCCAUCUGUCCGUCCCUCUGUUUCCCCCUCC